AUAAGCAUUGUUUGGAAUGAAUGUGAAUGUGAUAGCUUCUCCUCUCCCCUCAACUGCAACUACUAAACUUCAACAUAAUCACAUGGCAUUAUGCUUCUCUCCCUUGAAACCCACCACCCCAUAUAAUGUUUCUUUCUUAACAAACCGUUUCAAGAGCAACUCUCCAAAAUGUAAUGCUUUUUUUGAUAACGUGACCAAAGGUUUGUUGGAGAACAGUGUUAAUCUGGACCAGUUUCCUGUUCUCCAAUCAGGAUUUGUGCAAUUUCAGAGAGUAACUGAAGACUUAUCAGAGAUUCAGAAGUGGGGGUUUCUCAUAUUUGGUGGGUUAACAUGGAUAUACUUAACUGCAAGACCAGGUGUUCUUAUUGGUGCCAUUGAUGCAUACCUUCUGGCUCCUCUUCAACUUGGUUUGGACAGUUUAUCUGGAAGGAGAAACUUGAAGGGGAGUGAUUUUGUGGUUGGAGAUAAGCUUGGUGAAGGGUCAUUUGGUGUUGUUUAUUCUGGUGUUUUUGUCCCAAAGAAUGUGGAUGUAGAAGAGAGGGUGCAGAAGAGGGGAAAAGGCAAGGCAAUAAAGUUGGAUGUGAAAUCUAAGGAUAAAGUCAUUCUUAAAAAGGUUAAGGUUGGAAUCCAAGGGGCUAAAGAAUUUGGUGAUUUUGAGGAAUGGUUCAAUUACAGGCUAUCUAGAGCAGCACCUGAAACAUGUGCUGAAUUCCUUGGAAGUUUUGUAGCUGAUAAAACAAAUUCACAGUUCACUAAAGGUGGAAAAUGGCUUGUUUGGAAGUUUGAGGGAGAUCGUACUCUUGCUGACUACAUGAAAGAUCGCAACUUUCCUUCAAACCUAGAAUUUGUCAUGUUUGGACGUGUCUUGCAAGAUGUAGACUCUUCUAAACGAAAUGCAUUAAUCAUCAAGCAAAUAAUGCGCCAGAUCAUUAGGUCUCUUAAGAAAAUUCAUGAUACAGGCAUUGUUCACAGAGAUGUAAAGCCAGCCAACUUAGUGGUUACUAAACGGGGGCAGAUUAAACUCAUUGAUUUUGGCGCAGCAGCAGACCUGCGGAUUGGAAAGAAUUAUGUUCCGAACCUUGCCCUUUUGGAUCCUGACUACCGCCCCCCAGAAUUGUAUGUACUCCCAGAAGAAACACCAAGUCCUCCACCAGAGCCAAUUGCUGCUUUCCUUUCACCAAUCCUUUGGCAGUUAAACAGCCCUGAUCUAUUUGAUAUGUAUUCGGCUGGGAUUGUACUCCUGCAAAUGGCAAUACCAACCUUGAGGUCUCCUUCUGCUUUGAAGAAUUUCAAUUUGGAAAUAAAAACCUGUGGAUAUGAUUUGAAAAAAUGGAGGGACUAUACUCGUCUCAGGCCAGACUUCCAGAUUCUUGAUAGUGAAUCUGGUAGAGGGUGGGACUUAGCAACGAAGCUUAUCUCUGAGAGAGGGUCCCUUAGAAGAGGACGUUUAUCUGCUGCUGCUGCUUUGAGACAUCCUUAUUUUCUUCUGGGUGGUGAUCAGGCAGCUGCAGUUCUUUCAAAAUUAAGCUUAAGUAGAAAGUGAGCUGUUUAGCAAUGAGGAGUACAUUUGAAUUCAAAGGUGUCACACGGCAUGCCCACAUAACUUAUGAAUUGACAACUAUCACUUAUAAGAUUGUGUUCCAUUUUUUCUCUGUUUGGGUUUUCCUCCCGAAGUUUAAAUCAAGGGGAGAUUUUCUACACAAGUUCAGGCUUAGGCUUACAGUAAGCCUGAGGAAAGUUAUAUCCUACAAAAGGAAAAAAGUAUUGCUGCUGUAUAGAUUUAUAUCUUUUGUGCAACCUAUAUGACAACAACUUCUAGCAGGAACUCAUAAUGGUUGUAAGAGCUUAAUCAGUCUUCUCUCAUGGUUUCUUUCUACAAGAGGUGAAUUCUUGAAGAUUGGCAGGACCUCUCAUGUAAUACCAUAACUUCGGGUUCUAUGGCUUGAAACAAGAUAUAGAGUUAAGGGAAGCUGCAAUUUUUUGACCUUGUGAUUUCUGGUGUCUUACUAAUUAGAUGAAACUUCCAUCCAAAUGAGAUUAUGCAUUCAAUUCCAUAUGGAACUUUGAUUUGAGUAGUGUUCUUGUACCAAAUGGUGCUUCUUAUGGCUUUCAAACGUGUUAUUAUCAAUAAAAUAACAAUAGUACUGCACCCCUUAAGUCCUAGCUUAUUUUACCAAUUGCCACACAUAUGUCAGAACAUACAGAGUAAAGACACUA